CUGAACUCAGUCGGUAAGUGAACCUGCCUUCAGGAGGGAAGACAAAACAAGCCACAGCGAAUUUUUAUUUUUACUUUCAUUGCGAGGAAUAUUGAAAGAGGACACACAGAGAGAUGGGGACUGCCUGGUUUGCAGCUUUGUGCCUUUUAAUCUGCAUGUUUCAGGCCUCUGUUUUAGUGACUGCUGAGGAGCCAACAUGUGCACCUGGGUUCGAGUCAGAUAUGUUGAUUUUCAAAGUGUUCAGAAACCACCUGAAGCGGUCCACAAGACUGGGAAAAGUGGGCUUCACUGACUGCACAGACCGCACAAGGUUUGUCUUCAGCAGUGACGACAGCCAUUUCAUGGUCCAGACAGAUGGCAUAUUGAAGGUAAACAGAGCGGUUGAUAUUCGUGAACACCGGGAUUUCUUUAUCCAUUCCUGGGACUCACAAGGUCGCAAAAUGAGUGUUCCUGUCAGAGUUGUGUACUAUGAGCACUCCCAUGGGAACAGUCACCAAAAUGCUGAGCAUCACAGCCAUCAGCAACACCUUACUGAAGUGGAGUCUGCUACUAACACAGAGAGUGCAACCCAUCCACAGGCACCCACCCUGCAUUUCCCAGUGUCUAGUGAAGGGCUGAGACGGAGGAAGAGAGACUCGGUUAUUCCCCCUAUCCGUGUUGUUGAAAAUGACAGAGGACCUUACCCCAUGAAAGUAGCUCAGGUCUACUCUGAUGAGAAGAAAAUAAAGAAGAUCUAUCACACCAUCACUGGUCCAGGAGUUGAUGAGGGCCGUAUUGGCCUUUUCACAAUGGACAGAGAUACUGGUAAUCUGUAUCUCACACAGUCACUGGACAGAGAGGAACAAGACAAGUACACGUUUCAGGCACAUGCUACGUAUCAGGACAGUUCAGAAAUUGCUGAGGAGCCUGUGGAUAUUGUAGUGAUAGUAGUUGACCAGAAUGACAACAAACCUGCUUUCACUCAAGACACCUUCCAAGGAGAAGUUGCUGAGGCCUCACCAAUAGGUUUUGAGGUGAUUCAGGUUGUGGCCACAGAUCUUGACCAGCCAGAUACUGACAACUCAGAUAUCCGCUACAGUAUUAGAAGCCAGGAGCCAACAUUGCCUAGUGACUCCCUGUUUGUCAUCAACCCAGUCACUGGAGUCAUCAGAGUUAAUGCUAGUGGGCUAGACAGAGAGAAAUACCCAAAUUACACUCUAGUGGUACAAGCAGCAGACAUGAUGGGAGAAGGGUGGAUUGGAGAAGCAAAAGUGAUCCUUACUGUCACAGAUAGGAACGACAAUGCUCCGGCCUUCACUCAGCACUCUUAUGAGGCAACAGUUGCAGAAAAUGAAGUGGAUGCUCAUGUCAUUACGAUGUCAGUAACAGAUGGUGAUGAGCCACAUUCCCUAGCCUGGAACGCCAAGUUCACAAUUGUCGAUGGUGAUCCUGGAGGACUUUUCAAUGUGACAACAGGAAGUAACAAACAUGAAGGAAUCAUUGCUACUGCCAAGGGUCUUGACUUUGAGAGGAGCAGCAAGCACAUUCUGUUGAUUGCAGUGGAGAACGAGGUUCCUUUUGCUACUCCGCUGCCCACUGCCACUGCCACAGUGGUGGUAAAUGUGCAGGAUGUCAGUGAAGUGCCUGAUCCAAUACAGAAGCAAAUGUCAAAACGGGAGGAUCAUGCUGUUGACAGUGAUGUGCGUACCUGAAGGCAGUCUACAAUGACCCAACAGCACCCCAUGUCCAGCAGAGACCAGGACAACAACUGCCUUUGGGGAUCUUACUUCGAGAAACUGUCUGACAUAUGCAGGGGAGGAGAAGACGACAUGCCAUAAAUGUACCGAAGAAUAAAUUACAUGGAUAGGUAGAUGCACGUAUGAUUGUGUGAAUGUUAGAUUGAUGUGAGCAUAAACUGAUAAUCGAUCUUUUAUUUUUGUGUUUGGGGAUUGAGGUGUAUUGCUG